AUGGCGACCGACAGCAUUCCUUCUCUCGCCAUUCCCGGCACAGUCCUGGGCCCUACCAGCAGAUACGCCCCUGGCCCGGGCACGCACAUCUUUGGAGGCAACGUUGUGUCCUCGCUGCUGGGCAACGUCUCCGUCACAGCUCCGGCCAAGGCUCCGGGCCCGGUCAAGCGAUUGAACAAGAUCACGGCUCCCACUGCCGAAGAACUGUCGACCAUUUCUGUAGUCAGACGCGGGCGCAAACGAGAGGUCCUGCCAGAUGUCGGCAACAUCGUCUUGGCGCGCGUGGUGCGUCUCAUGCCGAAGCAGGCCAUCGUAGUCAUCCAGCAGGUCGGCAGCACGGUUCUCCAGACAGAGUGGCAGGGCGUGAUACGGGUGCAGGACGUGAGGGCAACGGAGCAAGACAAGGUCAAGAUUCACGAGUCAUUCAAGCCUGGCGAUAUUGUUCGGGCUCAGGUGAUUUCCUUGGGCGACCAAGCCAACUACUAUCUCUCAACGGCAGCAAACGAGCUCGGCGUCAUCAUGGCCACCAGUGAUGCUGGCAAUGAUAUGGUUCCCAUCAGCUGGAAAGAAUUCAGGGAUCCCGAGACGGGGGUUAGCGAGCCGCGAAAAUCGCAAAAAACAGCCAUGUCGUCCACAAUGGUCGUCACGGCCGCCUCCAAGACGACAUCCCUCUUCGUCGACCCCAGCCCGUCAUGCUGCCCCAGCUGCGGCUUCGUCAUCCCCCCGCCGCAGAACGAGCCGCCGUCGACGCAGCUCCUCGACGCCCAGGCCCGCAUCGCCGAGCUCGAGUCCCAGGUCUUCCAGCUCAACCAAAAGGCCCAGGCCGCCGUCGACCGCUGGACAGAGUACGAGGCCGAGCUGGCCAAGCUACGCGCCAAGCUCGCCUCGUCGCCCCCGUCAGGCUCGUCGACGCCCGAGCCCGCCCACAGCCAGAGCCCCUCCCGCUCGUCCUUCUUCCAGGCCGGCGCGACACGCAUCUCCGCCCUCAUGUACUCGCGCCGAUCCCAGCCCGCCAGCCCGCCGCCGUCGGCAUCAUCCAAGCCCAUGCCUAAACCCCCCGUGACGCCGCCGCCGCCGCCGGCGGCAACGGCGACGACGAUGAGGACCCCCGGCCGCACGGCGGAGGACCUGCUCGAGGCCCUCAACAAAGAACAGACGCUGCGGAGGGCGGCAGAGGGCCGGCUCAACGCGACGAACAGAGAGGUCGAGGAGCUGAGCGUCACGCUCUUUGAGCAGGCCAACGAGAUGGUGGCCACGGAGCGCCGCGCCCGCGCCGUCCUCGAGCAGCGGAUAUCCGAGCUGGAGAAGCGGGACGCGGAGAAGAAGAGGAGGCUGGACAAGCUGGAGCUGGCCAUGAACCGCAUCGAAAAGGUCAAGGUGCUGCUGCAGGAGGGGUACGACGCGGCGGCUCUGUCGCUGGCGUCUGAGAAGAUCUGA